AUGUAUAACAUUUUAUUAGAUAGCUUUCAGACCAUGGUUAACAAUUGUCAGUCAAUUGCCCCGGCUCCAUCCCCGGAAUAUACUGAGCUUUUAAGAAGGCUCACCGCUAUGGAGGAAAGUCUCAAGACCAUGGAUUCAAACAUUGGUAUUGUCAUCAAGGGGAACAAAGAUUCAUUGGAAAUACUUGAUAGCAUUGCCAAUGCCUCUGGAGAACUUCUUGCAGUUAUUGUUCCUACCACUAUACCUGCUUCUGCUUCUGUCCCUUUCGCAGCUUCUUCCAUUGGUUCUACUCUGGAUUGGUAUACAACACCUUCUGAGGCUUUUUUUGGUAUCUCUUCUGCUGCUCCUUCUGUUGCUCCUUCUGUUGCUCCUUCUGUUGGUCCAGUGGUUCUUACUGGUGCAAACGCUGGUGAACUUAGUAAACAGGAUUGCACUAGAGUUUUAGCUCUUAUCCGAGGAGAGUCAAAGAAACACAACUUCAAAUCAAAUAAGCUGGAACUAGUUGCAGCUAAUGACAGCAAGCGCAGUUGGGAUGUUAAUGUUGAUUACAGACUUCCACCCAACAGACAGCUGAUGCAUGACCUUCAUGCAUAUCUGGCUCCAAAGGCCAAUAUUAGCAAUUGUAUCUACACAAACUUUUGUGGAACGAGACGCCGAGUCAAGGAAUCCUAUGAAGCACGCAAAAAGACAAAUUCUCGGUCAAGAAAAGCAGGUCGAGAGACCGAUCAUUUUGACCGUCGUGAGCUGACCUACCAUACAUUCAAGGCUGAAAUUGAUAUGAAGGUGGGUAAGAGCUGCGACGGACUCUUACAGAAAGAAGCAAUGUCUGAGGGCGAAUCUGAAGACGAUAUGCCUGGAGUCUCAAGCAACCAUGCGAUUCGUACAUACAAUCACUUUCUUGCAGUUGUUAAUGAUUUUAUGCGUAAUCGCAUGGACUUCAAUUCGCGUCAGAUGUUGAAGAGGUCCUUUGGUAGAGAUGCUGUUUUAGCAGUCCCGCCUAGAUUGACGUCCCUUCUCCCUCACUGGGCUUUUAGAGAUGAGUUUCAAUAA